GUCAGAGAAAGUUGAUAUAUAUUUUUUAAAGCCUCAUCAUGAUUUGCAUGCCUGCUCUCAACUUAUUCUUCUACAACGGCCUGAUGGUCUACAUAGCCAGAGAAAUAAUACGCAUUAUUAAGGUUCCAACAACCAAUGUGAGUGGUUGGCACCAGAUCCCCAUUAUCGGCUGGUUCUUCUCUCCUCAUCCACCGGAUAAAGAUAAUGAAUUCUUGGACUACCAGGAGUUCGACGACGUCUUAUGGAACCUGAAUCUAUAUGUGAACGGCCUGCUGCUGCUGCCAGCACUCUGCCAGAUCCAUCACUUCAGCGUGCUGGUGGCCGGAAUUCUGAUGUGGAACUUCUACGUGUAUCAGCGCCUAUUCGCUUUCUUCCUGAGGCUCGCUUGGUACUUGUCGUAUAGCGACCUCUGCUGGGCCUACUACGGACCUCUGGUCAUGUUGGGACUUCUUCUGAACACACUUCACUUGGGUCUGAUCGUCGGAACAAUGAAGUGGCAGGCGGAGUACCUCGAAGAGCUCCAGCCACAGCCAAGGCCGGCGGUUGGGUCGCAUUCCCCUCCUCGACAGGAGCAGCGUCUCGGAGCGGAGGUAAUAGAGGCGAUUGGCGAUUGCCUUGAACGUUAAGUUCGGUGAAAACUGAAAACGAACGCCGGAGCUUAAGUUCAGCCGCCUUUAACUGGGUCGCCAUCAGUCAGGGGCUUAACCUUGCCGCAUCUACAAAUACUGGGUCGUCGGUUCAACUAAUAAAUAUGCCAGAAAACACCAGA